AUGCACCAGCCGCAGCUGUCGAUCAACUCUGUGCAGUCGCUGGUCGAGCCGACCACGCCGCCGCUGGGCCAGAUGACCCAGCGCCAGAACCACCAGCGCACGCACUCGCUGGACCUGUCCGGGUUCAACCAGUUCAUGCAGGGCAAUUCGCCGAUGAUGCCCCUGUCGCUGUCGCCCCCGACGCCGCCGCCGCCCGCGGCCGCGGCUGCGGCCUCGGCCUCAGCCUCAGCCACCACGGCGGGGCGGCCCAAGCUGCAGUCGCUGCCGCUCAUCAGCGAGCUGGACCUGCUUGCGGACGGCCGUGGCCCGCGAGCGCCAAUCCCCACGGGUGCGCCCGCGCGCACUGUGAGCGGAUCGACCACGUCCUCGUCCGCGUCCGCGUCUGCGGUGCGCACGCAUGCGCGCUCGGGCUCGCAGCCCAGCGCCCUGCUUCUGCCCAACGCGGGCGCCGCUGGCGCCGCCGGUGCCACUGGCGUCCCCGCAGACCUUUCCUGGACGCCGCUCGAUGAGCUCGACUACGUCAAAGUCGCCACCGAUCAGUUUGGCUGCCGCUUCCUGCAGAAAAAGCUUGAGAACCCGCAGGAGUGCUGCGCCGUCAGAGACCUCAUGUACCGCCACAUCAAGCCCUACUUCCUGGACCUCAUUCUCGACCCCUUCGGCAACUACCUCAUCCAGAAGCUCUGCGAGUACCUCACCACGGACCAGAAGACCCAGCUUGUCGAGAGCAUCUACCCGCACGUCUUCCAGAUCUCCAUCAACCAGUACGGCACCCGCUCUCUGCAAAAAGUUAUAGACACCGUCGACACCGACGCCCAGGUCGAUCUCAUCAUCUCGGGCUUCGGCCAGAACUUCACCUCCAUUGAGCAGGUCGUUGUGCUCAUCAACGACCUCAACGGUAACCACGUCGUCCAGAAAUGUAUCUUCAAGUUCCCGCCUUCCAAGUUCGGAUUCAUUAUCGACGCCAUCGUCGACAACAACAACAUCGUCAAGAUCUCUACCCACAAGCAUGGCUGCUGCGUCCUUCAGAAACUGCUCAGCGUCUGCACCUUGCAGCAGAUCUUCAAGAUCUCCGUCAAAAUCGUCCAGUUCCUGCGCAGCCUGAUUAACGACCAGUUCGGCAACUAUAUCAUCCAGUUCCUGCUCGAUAUCAAGGAGCUCGACUUCUAUCUCCUGGGCGAGAUUUAUGACAAGCUCUCGGGCGAACUCUGCCAGCUCUCUUGCCUCAAGUUCUCAUCCAACGUCGUCGAAAAGUUCAUCAAAAAACUAUUCACCAUUUUGAAGCUCGCCCUUUCCGCGGCGCCGCCCGCCAGGAACAGCGCCGUGUCCGAGGACGUCGUUGCCAUCGCCAUGAAGAUCUUGCUCAACGUGAUCGACGUCUUCACCGUCAACCUGAACAUCUUGAUUAGAGACAACUAUGGCAACUACGCCCUGCAGACUUUGCUGGAUGUGAAGAACUACACGAAACUCCUACAAUACCCCUCCAACACGUACGUUCACACAUCCGCACAGACCCUCAGCUUCAGUCACGAGUUUACUGUGAAGGUGGGCAACUUGGUAGUUUUGACAAAGGAAAUGCUCCCUAGCAUUAAGACUACGUCAUAUGCAAAGAAGAUCAAGUUAAAGGUGAAGGCCUACGCGGAGUUGACCGGCCUCGUGUUCGCAGAAGCACCCUCUUCCAACAAGGCCGCUACUCCCGGCGCCAAUGCAAACAACCACCGGAGGCAGCACGCCCGGCACUGCUCCCUACCUGCAAACGCUUACCGCCACCGCAGGAACAGCAGCUCCAUCUCCCUCUCCUCCGGGUUCCCCUUGCCUCAGCCUCCGCAGCAGCAGCAGCAUCAGCCAUUCGGCUAUGCAAAUCCUCUUGUGAAUUCCUCGCUCUUUGCGAACGCCAACGCAACCCAGCUUGGGCCUCACAACUUUUACUCUGAUCCUCAGCGACCAUUUCUGUACAACCAACACCCGGAAGCCUCGCUCCCAUUUAACAAUUCAUUCGGAAACGCACCUAGCGCAGCCGUUCCGCCCAAUCAUUUUGCAUAUCAUGACCCUCGGGUGCUGCAGAUGUCAGGAGCCCAAGAGAACAAUCAUAAUUUUGCGCCAACCGCGAAACCGCUUCCUUCAAAACCCGCGGAAACAGAGAACCUGUAUGCCCGUGGAGGUGAUUUCGAAAACGUCAAUUAUGGAAAUAUUUUCUACUAG